UUAUCAUCACUUCUGCACUGCUGCCAAGAGAAUUGACGAUAUCUUCGCUCAGAUGGGCGGUCAAAGGACAGUUGCCAUUGGUCUCGGUAACGAUCAGGAUGAGGACAAGUAUGAGACUGCCUUUGAGGAUUGGAUGCCGAGUUAUUGGAAGUCUGUGAAUGCCCCUGAGCCUGUUGAUGACGGGUCCAUUCCCGACUCUCAGUUCGAGGUUCGUGAGCUUGACUCUGAUGAAGUCGUGGUUGCUCCUUAUGAGAGGAUCAUGCCUCCUCAAACUAUUCAGCUUGGUUUGAAGAAGAACGAUCGUCUCACUCCCAGCGACUACGAGAGGGAUAUUCGUCAUUUGCGCUUCGAAUUGGAGGAUGGUCAGGAUCUUCCCUAUCUUCUUGGUGAUGUCCUCAACAUCCACCCCAUGAACGAGUCUGGCAGAGUUAGUGCUUUCCUUCAGUCUUAUGGUCUCAACCCCUCGGAGAUGGUUAAGAUCACUCCUGUAUCCGAGAACAUCGAUGCCCGCAAGCGCGCUGCUUCUCUCCGUCCCCGUACUAUCUCCCAGCUCUUCGAGGAGUCUUUGGACAUCUUCGGUCGCCCCAACAGGGCUUUCUACAAGACUCUGUCCAAGUUCGCUGAGGAUCCCAAGGAAAAGGCCGAGCUGGCGUUGAUCGGCAACCCCGAUGAUACCAAGGGUCGUGAUAUGUACACCAAGCUGGCUGGUGAGACUGUGACCUUCGCUGAUAUCCUCAAUAAGUACACCAGUGCGCGUCCUUCUCUUGAUCAGUUGAUCACUCUCAUCCCUUGCACUAAGCCUAGGCUCUAUUCCAUUGCUAGUUCCCCGAGGUUCGUUGGUCCUAAGGCCAUCGAGCUUGCUGUUGUGAUUGUUAACUGGACUACUGCCUCUGGUGUCCGAAGAACUGGUACUGCUACCGAUUAUAUUCAGCGUAUCGUGCCGGGCCAGAGCACUACCGCCACUAUCACUUCUGGUAGCUUCAAGUUCCCCGAGAGCCCGAUGACACCUAUGAUCAUGGCUGGCCUUGGUACUGGUCUUGCUCCCUUCCGCGCCUUCUCUCAGGAGCGUGCUUGGAUGAAGCGUCAGGGCAUCCAGACUGGUCCCAUGUGGCUCUUCUAUGGUUGCCGUCAUCAGAGUAAGGAUUACAUCUUCGGUAACGAGCUCGAUGGUUUCGUUAAGGAGGGUGCCAUCACUGAGCUUCAUCCCGCAUUCUCUCGUGACCAGAAGGAGAAGGUCUAU